AGGACAGUCUAUGGCCUGGUGAGCGGUGCUGACUGGAGCCUCCAGGAUCCCUUUUUGACCCGGUGUUCCAGUCCAAAAUCAGAGACCUGUUCACCCUAUUCGGCAAUCCAGCCUGCUGUCCAGGGCAGGUGUAGGGUCCGGGGCUCCCUGCAGAAGCCUGGGCUCCCUGUGCAGAUGUUAUCACGGCCCAGCUUCCGGUCUGGCCAGGGGGCAGGACUUCAGAGGAAAAAGGCAAAGCAGGGGGUGUGGCUUUGGCGAGAGGAGGAGUGAGGCUCCUGCAUGUGUCCCACUUUUGCCUUUAGAAGAGUUGGUCACCCAGAGAUAGGGGCUGGCAGGAGUUUUACCCAAAGGGCUGAGAAUUUACCAGGCAAAUGUCCACCCAGAGUCCCUCCACGCAUACACCCAGCUUCCAAUUUCAUAUAUGUGUUUAAAGACAAUUUCCUUAUUUUGGGGGGGAGGGGUCUAACUCCUGGUCUGACAGCACUGAACAGAGGCUGGUCUGAUUUCUGCGCAGGAUUUGGUGUCCAACCAGAGUCACUGUUAUCCGCAAGGAGUGGAAUUGGGGUUUGGUUUGGGUUCAGUGGCAGUCGGUGUGUUCGGUUCCUGUUCAGUUACUGGGAAGGCCCCAGAAGUGGGGAGGGGGUUGGGAGUGAGCCCUGUGGCUUGCUUCAGUGGGGAACUGAAUUUGAGGCAUGAGGCCUGCCUCAGGUGGGGCAAUGGGGGGAGGAGCUGCCCUAAGGGGUAGGGGUGGGUGAGAGGAGGCCUAUCUAAGGGGAAGAAGAAUUGAGCAGCCUUUGUUCUUGGCCUUGAAGAGUUAAUGUUAACUUCUGGGACAGGGAGCCCCCACUUCUCUUCCCCCUCCCUCCCUGCUCCUGUGGGCUGCCCCCUUCUCUUCUCCUACUGGGACAGACCGUUCUGGUAACGAUAACAUUUCUGGGGGUUCUUUUGGUGUCCUGUUUAUAAUGAGUGAGAUCAGAGUAGGCUUUAUUUUAUUUUGUCAAAUAUUGAGCUGAAAAAUUGCUGAAACUUCAUUUCAAUAGGGAGCUGUUUUUUUUUUCCAAGUUUGAUUCAGGUUCACUGAGGACGAGGAAAAAUGAUGUUUUAAGUCUGGUUCCAGUUCAGUUAAGCAUAUUGGUUCAAGCUGGUUCUCUGGUUCUGUUCUGGUGUGAGUCCAGGUGGGCAAAUGAAAUCUGCAGCCACUGCACUGUCCUCAUAUGGAGAGGCUGGUUACUUCUAGGGCAGAGGAGGCUGGUGUCUUUCUCUGUCUGCUCAUGAUUAAGGCUGCGAGUUUGUCACAGGAGGUCCUGGAAGCUAGAAGCUUAGGGAGGAAGAUGUCGCCGCUUCUGAGAAACCAGACCCAGCCCCUGGGGCAGCCCCGGGCUCUGCCCAUACCAUCCCCUGAGCCGGAGCCUGCAGGUGAUGGAAGAGACCCGGAGGAAAGGGCUGGGACCGGGCAGGACACUGCCUCUGCGCAAAGGGCCCCUUUCAGGGAGCUGCUGGCUGAGGAAUCACGUCCGUCUUCCAGGGGACAGGGAAGGGAAAUGGCUGUGAUGGAGCCAGCUCAGAUUCCGGUGACCUUCGAGGAGGUGGCUGUGUAUUUCACCCAGGGGCAGGGGGCUCUGCUGGACCCCGCUCAGAGAGCCCUCUACAGGGAUGUCAUGCAGGAGAACCAUGAGACAGUGACCUCGCUGGGAUUCCCCAUUCCCAAACCUGACCUGAUCGCCCGGCUGGAACGAGGGGAAGAGCCAUGGGUCCUGGAUCUCAAGGCCGCUGAGGAAAGUGUGAGCCUGAGAGGUACCUGCACAGCAGGUGAUAGGACAGUGAGUGAGAACAAGGAGGAGAAUCAGCAGGAGGACGGUCCUGAGCAAGAGAUGUUUUCGAAAAAAGCUGAAGAGAAUUUUUCCGAGGGCUUGGAACAGGGAGAAGCCUGGGGAAAUGGACACGGAUCAGAGAUGCAGCUGGGAAACUAUCCCAUUCAGAAACUGGAUAAAUCCACUGAAUGUGGCAGAGGAUGGAAGGAUCCCAAGGAAAGCACAAUUCAGCAGACAAAUCACAAUGAAGAGAAACCCUACAAAUGCCUUGACUGUGAGAAAAGAUUUAAUGCGAGGUCACAGCUUAUGUCACAUAACAAAAUCCACACAGGAGAGAAGCCCUAUAAAUGCCUCGACUGUGGGAAAAGCUUCGUCGACAGAAUAAAAUUUACUAGUCAUCAGAGAAUGCAUACAGGAGAGAGACCGUAUAACUGCUUUGACUGUGGGAAAAGCUUCAUACAUAAGUCAAGGCUUACUGUACACCAGAGAGUACACACAGGAGAGAGACCCUAUAUAUGCUGUGAGUGUGGGAAAGGUUUUAUUCGGAGCUCAGAGCUUAUUACACAUGAGAUCACCCACACAGGAGAGAGACCCUUUAAAUGCCUUGCGUGUGGGAAAGGUUUUAGUCAGCGUGCAACACUUAUUGCACAUGAGACAACUCACACUGGAGAGAGACCCUAUGAAUGCCAUGAAUGUGGGAAAGGUUUUAGUCAGCGUGUAACACUUAUUACACAUCAGCGAACCCACACAGGAGAGAGACCCUAUAAAUGCCAGGAGUGUGGGAAAAGUUUCAGUGUGAAAUCAACCCUUAAUGCACAUCAGAAAACCCACACAGGAGAGAGACCCCAUAAAUGCUUUGAGUGUGGGAAAAGCUUCAUUCAGAAGUCAAAGCUUAGUGAACACCAGAGAGUACACACCGGAGAGAGACCAUAUAAAUGCCUCGACUGUGGGAAAACUUUCCUUAAGCGCUCAGAUCUUAUUAAGCAUCAGAGUAUCCACACACCAAGCGAGAAAUCCUAUAAAUGCCUCGACUGUGGGAAAAGUUUCCCUGACAGAAUAAAACUUACUGGACAUCAGAGAAUCCAUACAGGAGAGAUGCCCCAUAAAUGCUUCGACUGUGGGAAAAGCUUCAUACACAAGUCCAGGCUUAUUGUGCACCAGAGAGUGCACACGGGAGAGAAACCCUUUAAAUGCCAUGAGUGUGGGAAAAGUUUUAGUCAGCGUGGAGCACUUAUUACACAUCAGCGAAGCCACACAGGAGAGAGACCCUAUGGAUGCCUUGAGUGUGGGAUAAGUUUUAUCUCAAGUUCAGCCCUUGCUCAUCAUAGCAAAAUCCACAUGGGAGAAAGACCUUAUAAAUGCCAUGAGUGUGGGAAAGGUUUUAGUCAGCGUGUAACACUUAUUAGACAUCAGCGAACCCACACAGGAGAGAGACCCUAUGGAUGCCUUGAGUGUGGGAAAAGCUUCAUUCAGAAGUCACAACUUAUUUUACACCAGAGAGUGCACACAGGAGAGAAACCCUUUCAAUGCUGUAAAUGUGAGAAAAGUUUUAUUCGGAGCACAACGCUUAUCUCACAUCAGAGAACCCACACAGGGGAGAAACCUUAUAAAUGCCUUGAAUGUGGCAAAAGUUUUAGUCAGAGCUCAAAUCUUAUUGCACAUAAGAGAAGCCACACAGGAGACAGACCCUAUAAAUGCUUGGACUGUGGGAAAAGCUUCAGUAAGAGCUCAGCGCUGACCGAACAUCAGAGAAAGCACAAGAAUGAGACCCCCCGCAUGAAGUCUGGAGACCUCAUCAAUGUCCUCCUGGCACUGGCCAAAGUGGCCAUUUACAAUGCCAGGGGAAAUAUGCUGGACGAGGGGGCGUUCUGCGACUGCGGGGCCUAUUUCAGUUCGUCCCUUUUCUCAUGCAUCAAGGCAGAGUUCCUCUGGGCAUCAGCUGCUGGCUCCCUAGAUAGCUUUGAGGAGCACCUCCUGGGCCGUGAUUGUGGGGGCAUAAAGCAGCUACCCCCUCCCUCGGGGCCGCCAGCAGGGAUUCAGCCCAGCCUCUUUCUGGAGCCCCGAACGCCAGAGGAUCAGGCAAUCGGUGACCCAGGAGCGGCAGGGAGGCGGCUUUGGGGCAACGAGCGCUGGGCUCCGGCCCGGCAGCAGGAAGUGACUCGCAGCCGCUGCGGUGACUCUGGCUCCCAGGCUCCUGGCGAGAUCCCCGAGCCCCGGCGGCUGGUGCUGGGAGCCCGGAGCCCUGGCUGCAGCCGGGAGAGGGGAAUCUCCAGCAGGGCCCUUCCCGCUGCUCCCCAGGAGCCUCUCCCAGGGCAGAGCCCCCAGCCCGGCCCGGCCCCUGCCCCGGGGGCCCCGCUCGGAGGGAAGAUGCCGGUGACCUUCGAGGAGGUGGCUGUGUAUUUCACCCAGGGGCAGGGAGCUCUGCUGAAACCCAGUCAGAAAGCCCUCUACAGGGACGUCAUGCAGGAGAACUAUGAGACGGUGACCUUUCUGGUAUUCCCCAUUCCCAAACCUGACUUGAUUACCCGGCUGGAACAAGGGGAAGAGCCGUGGGUCCCAGAUCUCCAGGCAGCUGAGAAAAGGGAGAGCCCAAGAGGCACCUGCACUGCAGGUGAUAGGACAGUGAGUGAGAACAUGGAGGAGACUCAGCAGCAGGAAGGUCCUGAGAAAGUGGAACCGCAGGAGACGUUUUUGAGCAGAACUGAAGGGAAUUUUUCCCGGUGCUUGGAACAGGGAAAUGCCUGGGGAGAUCGACACAGAUCAGAGAUGCAGCUGGGAAACGAUCCUGGGAAGAAACUGGAUGAAUCCACUGAAUUUGGCAGAGGAUGUAAGGAUCCGAAGGAAACCACAGUCCAGCAGGCAAGUCACAAUGAAGAGAAACUCUACAAAUGCCUUGAGUGUGGGAAAAGAUUCCGUGUCAGUGCAAACCUUAUUAAAUGUUGGAGAACCCACACAGGAGAGAAGUCCUAUGAAUGCUUGGACUGUGGGAAAAGCUUCAGUGAGAAGUCACACUUCAUUACACACCGGAGACUGCACACAGGCGAGAGACCCUAUAAAUGCCUGGAGUGCGGGAGAAGCUUUAAUGAGACAUCACACCUUAUGUCACAUCACAGAACCCACGCAGGAGAGAAGCCCUAUAAAUGCUUAGACUGUGGGAAAAGCUUCAGUAGGAAGCCUUAUCUUAUUAAGCACCAGAGACUGCACACGGGAGAGAGACCUUAUAAAUGCCUUGAGUGUGGGAAAGGUUUUAUCGAAAGUUCAUGCCUUACUAAACAUGAAAGAAUCCACACAGGAGAAAGACCCUAUACAUGCCUUGAAUGUGGGAAAAGUUUCAUUCAGAAGUCACAACUUAUUAUACACCAGAGACUGCACACAGGAGAGAGACCUUAUAAAUGCCUUGAGUGUGGGAAUGAUUUCAAUAGUCGCUCCCACCUUAUUAAGCAUCAGAAAAUCCACACAGGUGACAAACCCUAUAAAUGCCUUGACUGUGGGAAAAGUUUUGUUGACAGAACGAAACUUACCACUCAUCAGAGAAUCCACACAGGAGAGAGACCCCAUAAAUGUUUAGACUGUGGGAAAAGCUUCAUUGAGAAGUCUCAACUUAUUCUACACCAGAGACUGCACACAGGAGAGAGACCUUUUCAAUGCUGUGAAUGUGGGAAAAGAUUUAUUCGGAGCUCAGUGCUUGUUACACAUCAGAGAACCCACACAGGAGAGAGACCUUAUAAAUGCCUUGAGUGUGGGAUUUUAGCGAGCGCUCAAAGCUUAUUACACAUCAGAGAAUCCACACAGGAGAAAGACCCUACAAAUGCUUGGACUGUGGGAAAACUGUCAGUCAGCGCUCAUACCUUACUAAACACGGGAGAAUCCACAUGGGAGAGACACCUUAUAGAUGCCUUGACUAUGGGGAAAGGUUCAGUAAGAGCUCAGAGCUCACCAAACAUCAGAGAAUCCACAAGGGUGAGAGACCCUAGAAAUAGCAUGAGUGCAGACGCACGAGUGACCCACACAACAGAGAAACCUUGAAUGUGGGGAAAGCUUCAUUUGGUGCUCCCAGAGUAUCAGGCAUCCGCAAAUCUGCACAGGGAAGAAACCUCUGAGAUGUUUUCAGGGGGAAAAAUGCUCGAAGUGGAGCUAACACCAUGUUGGACAUCAGAGACUCCUCCCUGCAGCAAGGAAAUUCUCUGAGUGCCCUCACUGGGGCUGGCAAUGGUGACCAACCCAUUUUCUUGUUCCCACAUAGAUCAGGGGUGUUUGGCUCCCAAGGAUCCAGUUGCCCAUUGCUGGGGCGAGGAUCCAGCAGCAGCCAAGCUUCAGCUGGUCAGUGACCCUCUGGCUCUGCCUGGUCUGAAUGGUUGAGGGUGGUGGAGCUGGGGAGCAGGGGGAGCUGGGUGCUGGGGCUAUCGAGUGUUUGGGGCUCAGGGGAUAAGAGGCGAGGGAAAGCACAGGGAUAGAGAGAUGCUGCCUCUCCUCAUUCAGCCCCUCUGUCCCUUCUCCCUACCCCUUCUGCAUUCAGACAGCACCACUGAGAGGGGCUGAUUCCCACAGGGCCUUUUGUGGGAGGCCUGGAGAUCCCCCCUCUGCCUCCGCAGCAUCAGCCUCUGAAUGUAUCAAUGGUAGGAAACGUGGUCAGGAUUAGCCGGCACAUCUCUGUGACCCUGCACCAGAUUUUCUAGUGUAAAGUCUCCUUGAGCAUCUUAUGUGUAAGGCUAAGAUUUUGUCAUCAAUAUUUUUUAGUAAAGGUUGUGGACAGGUCACGGGCAAUAAAGAAAAAUUCACAGAAGCCUGUGACCUAUCCACGAUUUUUACUACUAAUAUCUGUGACAAAAUGGGGAGGGAGAAGGCUCCAGCACCUAUCACUGCUGGGGCUCUGGGGUCCCAUGUCAGGUGGGGAGGUGCGGGGGCUCUGGCUGGGGUCUCAGAGGGCCUUCCCCCCGCCCCUCCCCCCACCUGCAGCUCAGUGCUCCAGAGGCACCCCGCAACCCAUGGCAGAUGGGAGCUAUGGGGGGGCCCCAGCCGCCCACAGUGACUCAGAGCUCUGGGAGACACCCAUUACAGCCAGAGCUGUGGGGUGACCCCACGGCUUGCAGCAGGUUAGAGUUCCGGGGGGCAGCUCUCAGCUGCCAUGGGUAGCAGGGGGACCCCGCAGCUCUGAGCUGCCACGGGCUGAAGUCACGGAGGUCUCUGGAAGUCACAGACUGCCUUUGUUCCACGACCUCCAUAAUAAAAUCGUACCCUUACUUAUCUGUUCUGAUCCCCUCCCAUUCGCAGAGUGAUUGUUAAUCCCUGAGUUCCCCCACUGGGGCUGGAUUGUCUCAUUCCCAGAUAGUCCCACAUUACACCAGGCCAUGCUGAAAAGCAUUUAGUGUUUGUACAUUUUCUCCGGUAUGCACAAGAAUUAAUUACAUGCUAAAAAAAUGGAGAGCAGGGACAGUAAAAUAUGAUGUUUUAGCUUCUGUGCUAUCUCAGGGCAAUGGGGUGAGUCUCAGGGAUUCCCUCUUUCCCCCAUCACCAUCAUGCUCCACUCUCAACAUAGCAGCCUCUGUCCAAGCGAUAGAGAGUUUUAUCCUGUCCCCGUUCUACCCCUCCACCUCCUAAGGUGUCACUUUACCACCAUGUCCCUGGCUCUCCGUGCUUAGGAAUCACAAAUUUGAUAUCUAUGAUCAGAGGGCUGGAGAGGGAAGUGUCACAGACCUAGGAGUGGGUGAGGAAAUCCCAUUCAACCUAAAGCACAGUUUGACCUUUCAGAUCUUGUAGCCUUGUUUUCCAUCGUUGGUAAAAUUGCUUCCCGGCUUUUUCUAGGCUAAUCCAGAUCAUUUGUAGAGAGGAAGAUUUGUCUUUCUUUCUCUUUCUUUAAUUAUAUUGAUGCUAAAACUUUUGCAACUAAUACAACCAAAUAUUGAGGUGAGAAGUGGAGCCAGUUUAGCCACUUCAGAAGAAAAUGGGUAAAUGUAUUUUCCUGAUUUUGAGUCUUGAGAUUGAUGAUUCUCUGAGAUUUCACUUUAUGAACAUGAAAGUGUUUUAUAGCCCACCCUGAAUUGUGAGUUUUUCUCUCUUUGUGAAGACCAUUUGGUCUCAUACUUUGAUAUUGGUUUAGUUUGAUAGGAUGUAGGUCGGAUUCAUUGAGACCUUCACAAGACAAAUGAUCGUUUCCCAGAAUAGUCUUUUUUUAGAUUUUAUUUUUAUCUUUAUCUAAUCCUUUGUCAUGAGAUUUUUUUGUAUCAUUUGAACAGUGACAGUGAUCCAUAUAUCUCAGCACAAACACUGAUGAUGCGAGAUACAUUCACAGUGUGCGAGCCCAAGACUGAAACAGGGAAUGAAGUUACUGCCUGAUCCCUGAAGUGAUGUGUGAUGGAGGGGGAGAAAAUGGGGAGAACAGAGCUGGGAAACUGCUGGGUUUGCUCCUCAGAGCUAGAUGGCAGAGGCUGAGAACUAUGAACUCGCUGCAGCAGUGCCAGAGAGAAACUUGAAUUGGAUUGUGAGUGUCGUGUGAAGCUGCCCCUGAAAUCUAAAGGACCAUGAAUGAUACCUCCAAAAAUGAUAGAGGGAGGGGCAGCAUCUCCCUGUGCUGAGAUGCCGAGGUUGGGCACAGGCAAGAAGGGAGCCAGCGAUGUCAGCAGAAGCCAGGCCAACACCCAGCGUUGAGGCCAAAGGGAGAUGGGGAACCUGACAGUCCAGCUGCUCAGUGUGACACUGCAUCCCAUAUUCUUCACAGAAAUACUAUUAUGAUAUGAUUAUAGCAUAACUGUGAUAUAUUUUGUACAAGAUAGGUCAUGUGACAGAUCAUUGAAAAGGUUAUGAUUUACUGAACAUGAUUAUCCUAUUUGUAUGCAUCUAUCAUUUUUUUAUCUCAAGUUAGGAAUAUUGGCUACACAUCUGUAUUAGAAAUGUGUUUACACUUGGGGAACCCCCACUCGUCAAAAGAUUGUCAAUAGGGCUGUCAAGCAAUUUAAAAAUUAAUCAAGAUUAACCAUGCAAUUAAACAAAUUAAUUGCAGUGAAUCGCAAGAUUAACAAAAUUAAUCACGUAAUUAAUCGAACUGUUCAACAGUUAUAGAAUACCGUUUAUUUAACUAUUUUUGGAUGUUUUCUACAUUUUUCAAAUAUAUUGAUUUC